UUACGGACACAGUGUAUAUUUCCAUCAGUUUCAUUACUUCCAUUUAGCACAUAUUAGGCUCAGUCAAGGCAUAAAGUGUAUCAAACCGCUUCCCAAGCACCGUCAGUCCAGCGCUGGGAACAAAAAAUAAUUCCCAAGGGCCAAAACGUUACUUCGUGACCAAUGGACCACCUUCUUAUACGGAGGUGUACUUAACAAACCAAACUUCGUCUGAGUGAGUUCGAGAUCUGAGAUCUUUUAUUCAGGAGUUUUGACCUUGGUUCGGAUUCACAAUGGUAUACGGAGCGAGUUGGACGACGAUCUAAGCAACUCAAAGCGCUUGUAAAAGUAGUACCUUUCGUAUCGGUUGUAAGCAUUGUGCGUUAAAAACUCACAAUAAUAAAAUCCACUGCGACACCUGACCGGAGGCAGUUUCAGGUGAUAAUUAUUUGCCGAAAUCUUGGAUACGGGAGUUAUGAUGUAUCUUGUGCUUGGCUUCAUGUUUUCCUGCUUGUUACAAAAAUAGUUCCUAAAAACAUUAUACUAUGGAAAGAUGGAUCCUCACAUUAAUGUUGAUAUUAAUCGUGAAGAAAGCGCAAGUAACAGAGGUAGUUAAGGAAUGCAGAACUGUCAAGAAUAAAAUAGGAAAUAAAGACCAGCUGAUAUGUACAAAUGUGACAAGUUAUACAUUCCAAAAAUUCGAUGUUCCUUUAAACAAAAUAAUAUGGUUGACCUGCGAGAACUGUACCUUGACUUCGAUAGACGACAAAACAUUUCCAUUUCAAGAUAAUCGUAUAAAUAUGUUAUAUAUUGUUAAAUCCAAAAUUAAGAUUAUCAAAGAGUUGGCAUUCACUAAAUUUCACCAUUUGAAAAUUUUAGUUUUGAGAAAUAAUUCUAUCAAUAAUGUUGAUACCAAAUCGUUUGCCAGUUUAAAAAAAUUAAUUCAGUUGGAUCUUAGUCAGAAUAAUUUAAAGAUUAUUAUAAAUAAUUUGUUCUUCGAUAUGGAAAAUUUGGAUAUUUUGGAUUUGAAUAAAAAUAAUAUAUUCUUGCUACAGCCUGAGGGUUUCAAUGGUUUAAGCAACCUGAAAUAUCUCUAUUUGAAUGAUAAUUUCUUGAAUAAGUUAGAAGAACGUAUUUUCAGGUAUUUGAUCAAUCUCAAGAUAUUACAAAUACAAAACAAUAAUUUAUUAGAAAUUCAUCCUCUGGCAUUUGUGAAUUUGAAGAACUUAAACUUCUUAUAUCUCAAUAAUAAUAGCAUAAGUUAUUUAACGCAGUAUAAUUUUCAACCUUUGACUAGUCUGAUAGAUUUACAAUUGAGAUUCAAUAAGUUGAAAGAAAUAGAAACCAGUUCUUUCAACGGACUGAAAUCGUUGCGUAGUUUACUUCUUCGUGACAAUGAACUAACAACCAUCAAACCCUAUGGUUUUGUUGGUUUGAACUCUUUGGAAAUUUUAGAUCUUGCAAACAAUUCAUUUCUUGAUUUCAAUUUCAAUAUAGUAAUAAAUAAUAUGAAAAAACUGAUUAUGUUAUGGUUAGGUGAAAACAGUAUUAGUAAUAUAACUAUAGAUUACAAAUCAGAUGUACAAAAUUCGCUUAGUUGCCUAGAUUUAUCUUAUAACAAUCUUUCGUAUGUUAACUAUAAGUUGAUUUAUAAUAAGUUUCCUUCUGUGAAAGAGCUUUAUUUUUUCAAUAACUCCUUUGAUUGUGAUAUUAUGUUUAACAUGUACAAUUUUUUCGAUAGUAAUCAUGUAACUCUAUGUUUCGUGGAAGAGUGCAGUGAGAAUAGUACAACAAAUUAUAUAACUAAAACUUGUAAUGAUGAAACAACUGAAAAUUAUGAUUUUUCUACAGAUUUCACAACUAAGUCAUCCUCCACGAGGGCGAUAUUUGAUGUGGGAAUUCUGUUUUUAGCUUUAUUAGGAUUAGCUCUCCUCGAGACCACUUGAAUUUUGUUUUUAUUUUUACUUGAAAUUUUAUUUUAUGUUGCUACCUCAAAUUUUGUUGUUAUGAAUAAAUAUUAUGAUUUUGUUGCUUUUUUCA